UUAGCAAUUUAUUUUCACAUGAGUUGAAAAUCUCCGAAAAUCAUGAUUCAGCGUUUAUCUUUGGACUGCUUCCUUUGUUAGACCAUCACCUUUUUUUCAUUGAGCGAAAGACAGUAAUGACUUGGUACCCAAAUAAGAUGCAGUUUCGUUGCGGACAAUAAUAUAAUGCUUCUAAAGAGGUUAGCAAUUUAUUGCGAUUAUUUGGAGAGAAGGCCUAUUGAUUUGUCAACAUAUGUAUUCAUUUUUUGAUAGAAGAUUUACUGGACCAUUGAUAGAGCUGGAUUUUGCUUGCUAUGAGUCAAUCUGGAGAAUUAUAAGUGGUUGACCGACCAGAUUGUCUCUUGGAUCGAAUUAAGGCUCUAUACAAUGAGAGGGAUUUACUUGCCGAGAACACAUUAUAAUUAAGAUAAAAUGGUUAAUCAAAAAUCAAACAAACUGUUCGUAGUGAAACGAGAUGGUCGUAAGCAAAUGGUACAUUUCGACAAAAUAACUUUCAGAAUCCAAAAGUUGUGCUAUGGUCUUAAUAUGGAUUUCGUUGAUCCGACCGCCAUUACAUUGAAAGUAGUAAGCGGGUUGUACAGCGGCGUCACCACGCAAGAAUUGGAUAAUUUAGCUGCCGAAACUGCGGCCUGCAUGACCACCGAUCACCCGGACUAUGCUAUUUUAGCCGCCCGUAUUGCUGUAUCAAACUUGCAUAAAGAAACAAAGAAAGUAUUCUCUGAAGUGAUAAGUGAUCUACAUCAUAAUGAAGAUAAUGGCUUUCCUUCGCCUAUUAUAUCAGAUUACCAUUACAAGGUUGUAAAAGAGCAUGCUGAUCGACUAAAUUCGGCCAUUAUUUAUGAUCGCGAUUUCAGUUACAAUUUUUUUGGCUUCAAAACAUUAGAACGGUCUUAUUUGUUAAAGAUUAAUGGGAAAAUUGUGGAGCGGCCACAACAUAUGUUAAUGCGCGUCGCCAUUGGCAUUCACGGCGACGAUAUUGAGGCAGCUAUCGAAACUUAUAAUCUCAUGUCGGAGCGUUACUUCACUCAUGCUUCCUCAACUUUAUUUGGUGCUGCUACAAUUCGCCCGCAACUGUCAUCCUGUUUCUUGUUAACGAUGCCGGAAGACUCCAUUGAUGGCAUUUUUAAGGCUGUAAGGCAAUGUGCUGAAAUUUCCAAAUCGACGGGUGGCAUAGCUCUGAAUGUCCAUUGCAUACGAGCAAAAGGUACGAAGAUAUCCGGUACUAAUGGCGUAUCGAAUGGUCUUGUUCCUAUGUUGCGCGUCUUCAACAAUCUUGCCUGUUAUGUACAUCAAGAUGGCAGACAACGUAGAGGUGCACUUGCUAUCUACUUAGAACCUUGGCACGCAGAUAUUUUCGAAUUUCUUGACUUGAAAAAGAAUACGGGCAAAGAGGAAGAUCGUGCGCGGGAUUUAUUUUUUGCUCUGUGGAUACCAGAUUUAUUCAUGAAAAGAGUGGAAGCUGAUGAGCAUUGGUCUUUAAUGUGCCCCCAUAAAUGCCCUGGCUUGGAAGAUGUAUAUGGAGACAAAUUUGAUAAAUUGUACAUAAAAUAUGAAGACGAGGGUAAAGCGAAUAAAAUAAUAAAAGCUCGUGAGUUGUGGUUCGCAAUAUGCAGUGCCCAACUAGAGACCGGAACUCCUUACAUGCUUUACAAAGAUGCUUGUAAUCGCAAAAGUAAUCAACAGAAUGUUGGCACAAUAAAAUGCAGUAACUUGUGUACAGAAAUUGUCGAAUAUACGUCGGCUGAGGAAAUAGCAGUUUGCAAUCUGGCCUCAAUUGCGGUGAAUAUGUUCGUGACGACAGAUAAACAAUAUGAUUUCCAGAAACUGAAAGAAGUUGCAAAGCUUAUAACAAGAAACCUCAAUAAGAUAAUCGACGUCAAUUACUAUCCGCUGCCGGAAGCCAAAAAAUGUAAUUUACGUCAUCGUCCAAUCGGUAUAGGCGUCCAAGGAUUUGCUGACGCACUAAUUUUAAUGCGUUACCCCUAUGAAAGCGAGAAUGCUGCUCGCUUAAAUAAACAAAUUUUUGAAACCAUAUAUUAUGGUGCUUUAGAGGCUAGUUGUGAGUUGGCCAAACAAUACGGUCCUUACGAAACAUAUGAAGGUAGUCCAGUUAGUAAAGGCAUUCUUCAAUAUGAUAUGUGGGAUAAGACGCCUACUGAUCUAUGGAAUUGGUCGGCUCUUAAAGACGACAUUAAGAGUUAUGGAGUGCGCAAUUCCUUGCUGGUAGCACCAAUGCCUACCGCGUGUACUGCUCAAAUUCUUGGUAAUAACGAGUCUUUCGAGCCAUACACGUCAAACGUUUAUACACGACGUGUAUUGUCCGGUGAAUUUAUUGUCGUCAAUCAUCAUUUGCUCAAAGAUUUGACUGAGUUGCGCCUUUGGAAUGAUGACAUGAAAAACUUAAUAUUGGCACAUCGCGGCUCAAUACAAAACAUUGAGGCCAUACCUGAUAGUAUAAAAGAAUUGUAUAAAACGGUUUGGGAAAUUUCAGUGAAAUCAACCAUUAACAUGGCUGCCGAUCGCGGUGCUUUCAUCGACCAAAGUCAAUCAUUCAAUAUACACGUAGCUGAACCUAGUUAUGGUAAAUUGUCUUCUAUACAUUUUUAUGGAUGGAAAGCCGGUUUAAAGACCGGUAUGUAUUAUCUAAAAACGAAGCCAGCAGCGAAUCCCACACAUUUUACAGUCGAUAAAACUCGUUUAGCUGUAAAUAGCACGUCACCAGCGAAAAAGGUUGAAGAAAACAACGGUGGCAAGGAAGUACUAGAAUCAAUCGCAAAUAAUGCGGAAACCAAAUGUGAAAGUCAAAUGGCUGAAAUCGUAUGUUCGCUAGAUAAUAAGGACGCUUGUUUGUCGUGCGGCUCAUGAGCUGCAAUUCUAUAUUCCUUGUCAGAGAAUUUUGUUAAUAAACAUGCAUUUUUCUUCGUGUAAAUGUGGAAUUAAAGUCAGUCAGGUGGGAUAUCCUCGAUUUCUGGGUAGAACUUUAAAUGAGAGCCUAGACUUUC